AUGUUGAGUAGCUGGAUUAAUAAAAAAUAUGAUGAGGAUAAUACAAUUAAUACUGAACAAAAAAAAGACGAUACACCGGUUACUAAUAUUGAAAGUACAAUAAUUGACGAUCGUUACAACUUAACUGAAGAUAAUAUACAAAACAAUGAUAACAAUGACCCUACCACUAGCCAAGUAAAUAAUGAACUUUAUAUUAAUAAUAUUGAAAUUGAAAGUACAAUUGACGAUCGUUACAACUUAAUUGAAGAUAGUACACAAAACAAUGAUUACAAUGAACCUACUACUAGCCAAGAAAGUAAUGAAAUUAACAUUAAUUUUAAUGAUCCUGGUUGUUGGCCGACUAUGACUUCUAGAUUUAGAGAUUUAAUGGUGGAAAGAGGACCAUACCUUAUGGAUCAAAAUAAUUAUUUUCCAGUAAAUGAUGAGGAUGGUAGACAUUUUGACGGUAAAUGGUUCUAUAAAUUUUUAAAUAACGGAGAAAAAGUUCGAAGACAAUGGCUAUUAUACAGUAAAUCAAAAAAUGCAAUUUUUUGUUUUGCAUGCCUCCUUUUUUCAAAUAAUGACAUUAGGAAAUCCACAUUUUCGAAUAAUGGUUUUAAAGAUUGGAAACAUUUAAAUCCCUCUGUUGCUGAGCAUGAGAAUAGUAAGAACCAUAAACAAAAUUUUUUGGACUGGAAGGAGUUAGAAAAAAGAUUACAGGACUGUAUAACAAUUGAUUAUGCGCUUCAAAAUUCUAUUAAAAAUGAAAAAGAAAAAUGGUUUUGUAUUCUUAAAGUUAUUGUUGACGGAAUUUUAUUUUGCGCUAAAAAUAAUCUGGCCUUAAGAGGUUAG